UAGGUGGACGUUGCAUAGUUUCUGCAGAAGCAAUGUACCAUAAUUCAUGCAGAAAAUAUUACCUGGCCAGUAAACGCCAAAACACAAAUACAUGUGAUAAAGUAAUUGAUUCAUCAUUCACAUUUAGUUGCAAAUAUAUAGAUGAAACGGUGUUGACUGGUGGUCCCAUAAUUGUUACAUUAGACUCUCUUCACAAUAUGUUCCAAAGACAUAUGAGUGAACAUAAUCCAACCAUACCUACACCAAAGUACAGAAGGUUAGAUAACUUCAAAAGUGGACUUAGUAUUCAUUUUGGGGAAUAAACUCAAUUUCUAUCGCCCAAAAGAAUCUUCAUUGAAAAAUGAACUUGUAUUUGGCAAUUUAAGGGGCAUCUCCGAAAAAUCUAUUGCAGAGGCUUUUCAUAAGAAUAUCAAUUCAGAACAAGAUCUAUUGACCAAUGCUGGGU